GCAUGCUUCCUAGCCCCAGAACUCCAGAGGACAGAUCAAUGUGAAUUCUUUCAUUCGCCACUCACCGCAGCACAUUUCCCCAUAGCAACUUUUCAAUGGCUCGAGCAAUAGUCAGUAUUUGGCUUCUGCUGGUGCUCUUCUGCUGCUCAGCCAAUGCCCAGGUCUGGAAUUGGUUUUGGGGGGAUUCAGAAAAGACCACCCUGGCUCCCACACAAGCUGCCGAUGCUGAAGAUCAGACAAGCCAGGACCUUUCCACGCGUGGGGCUACCACCAGCCCAGAUGCCCCAUUUGAAAGUACUGCUGAUCCUGAGUCCUUGGGGAAAGGGUGGAGCACGUUGACCCUGAAGCAGCCAAACUUUACAGCAGCUACAACAGUCCCUGCAGCAACAUCUCCUUCCCAGGAAGAAAGCAGAGAUGGAGAUAUUGCAGGAGUGGGAGCUGAGAUCCUCAGUGUGGCUGAAGGCAUUCGGAAUCUGGUUCAGCUUUUGGAUGAAAAGACAACAGAGAGGACAGAGAGGACAGAGGUACCUGCCACAGCUGAGGUCAGUGCAUCACCUGCCCCUGUUACGGAGCCAGGGAGUAUCCAGAAUGUGACUGCCAACUUAACGGGUGACAUGCAAGCCUCCCUGGAAACUAGGAAGCCAGAGGUGGUUCUCCCUGUGACAACCAAGUUUGCUCUUCUGUGGAACAAGACUCGAAUCCUCCUGAAGAAGCCUGGGAACCCACGUCAAGAAAAUUUCAGCACAGAAGUUGGUCUCUUAGAGUUGAUUGGAGACCCUCCACCAGACCAGAUAACCAAAGUGUAUGGCCCAGACAAAAGUCCUGGCUAUGUGUUUGGACUGGACGCCAACGCAGGACAAGUGGCACGGUACCACCUCCCAAGCCCCUUUUACAGAGACUUCUCCCUCUUGUUCCACAUUCAACCCACUUCAGACAAAGCAGGGGUGCUUUUUGCUCUUACGGAUGCCUCCCAGUCCAUCAUCUACAUUGGGGUGAAGCUUUCUGAUGUGAAAGAUGGAAAACAGCAGAUCAUCUUCUACUAUACAGAGCCUGGUGCUCAGAAUUCCAACGCUGCAGCCACAUUUACCGUGCCUUCCCUGCUCAAUCAGUGGACUCGCUUUGCCCUCAGCGUGCGGGAUUACAACGUGGUUCUUUAUAUGGACUGCGAAGAAUUUAAGACGGUUCAUCUUGAGCGGUCACUUGACGAGAUGGAGCUGGAAGAGGGCUCAGGACUUUUUGUGGCGCAGGCUGGAGGGGCAGAUCCGGAUAAAUACCAGGGUGUAAUUGCAGAAUUAAAAAUAAAAGGCAAUCCUUGGGCUGCUGGUGUCCAGUGUGUGGAAGACGAGGAUGACUGCGAUACAAUGUGUGGUGAUAGUGGAAGUGGAAUAGACAUAAAGCAACCAUCAUCUGAAAAGGUAAGAGUGAUUCCUGUGAUAUCGAGUCUGCCAGUGCCCCCACCUGUUACUUCCCCUCCCACCGCCAAAAAACCUGGGCAGCCAGAGGAGAGUCUCAACUUGCAGACUGAACAUAGUGAAUCAAAAGAGAGGCCACCAUUUGUUUCUGCAGCUGGAACCAAAGGUGAAAAGGGAGACCCUGGAGAAAAAGGGGAACGUGGCCCCAAAGGAGACCCUGGGGCUGGGGUUUUGUCAACAAAUGGUGAUAAAGGAGAAAAGGGAGAAAAGGGGGAGCUGGGUGUAAAGGGAAGUGCAGGCUUUGGAUAUCCAGGCUCUAAAGGACAGAAAGGUGAGCCUGGUACUCCAGGGCUUCCUGGUCCAAUUGGGCCCCCAGGACCUCCUGGAACCAUCAUGAGGCACCUUGAUGGCUCUACUGUGGAGCAGGUUCCUGGGCAACCAGGAGCCAUGGGCCCACCAGGAUCUCCUGGAAAAGAUGGUCAACCUGGAAAGGACGGAGAGCUGGGGGAUCCUGGUGAAGAUGGUAAACCAGGUGAUGUUGGCCCCCAAGGAUUCCCUGGGACUCCGGGUGAACCUGGCCUGAAAGGUGAAAAGGGAGCACCAGGUGUUGGUGCAAGAGGUCCUCCUGGCCCUCCAGGACCACCUGGGAAACCUGGAUUGAAUUCCAAACUGGAUAAGUUGACAUUUAUUGAUAUGGAGGGCUCUGGGUUUGGAAGUGAGUUGGAGACUUUGCGAGGUCCCAGAGGACCACCUGGCCCUCCUGGCCCUCCUGGUGUACCUGGUUUGCCAGGACAGCCUGGAAGAUUUGGGACAAAUGGCACUGACUUUCCAGGACCCCCAGGCCUCCCUGGAGUUCCAGGGAGAGAUGGCAGUUCAGGAAUUCCAGGACCUCUGGGCCCACCUGGUCCUCCAGGAAGAGAUGGCAUCCCUGGUCAACCUGGAGAAACAGGAGCACAGGGAGAACCAGGUGAAGUGGGCUUCCCAGGAGCCCCUGGACCAAAGGGCAGCCAAGGAGAGCCAGGACUGCCGGGAGCACCAGGUGAAACCGGUCUGGCAGGCCUUCCUGGGCCCAUGGGUCCACGAGGAUUGCCUGGGCCUCCUGGGCCGGGCAUUGCAGCGGAAUUUGUCGACAUGGAAGGCUCAGGAUUCCCACUUGUUUCUGGCAGCCCUGGAACCCGUGGGCCAGAAGGUCCUCCGGGGCUUCCAGGACUUCCAGGACUUCCAGGACCCCCAGGACCCAAGGGAGAUGAGGGCAUCAUUGGCCUCCCAGGUUUGCCAGGUGAGAAGGGAAAUCCUGGUUUGCCAGGUUUAGAUGGUCGCCCUGGAUUAGAGGGUUUCCCAGGACCACAGGGACCAAAGGGUGACCAAGGGGACUCAGGGCCUAAAGGUGAAAAGGGCCAAGAUGGAAUAGGACUUCCUGGUCGUCCUGGGCUCCCUGGCCCUCCAGGACAAGCCAUGUACCUGUCUAGUGAAGAUAAAACUGUGACCGUUUUGCCAGUCCCAGAGGGCCCAGUAGGACCAAAAGGUGAUCCAGGAACUCCAGGUUUACAAGGCUAUCCAGGACUGAAGGGUGAAAAGGGAGAGCCAGGAGUUAUAACCAGGCCUGAUGGAACAAUCAUAGCAGCUGAAGCAAGUGGAGAAAAGGGUGAACCAGGCCCAAGGGGACCUGUGGGACCAGCAGGACCACCUGGGCGCGCUGGACAGAAGGGAGAAAUUGGCUUUCCUGGAAGACCUGGUCGGCCUGGUAUGAAUGGACUGAAGGGAGAAAAAGGUGAUCCAGCAGACUUAAGUGGAGGGCUGGGCUUAAGGGGUCCUCCAGGCCCCCCAGGCCCUCCAGGUUCUCCAGGCAGCACAGUACCUGUUUAUGAGAACAAUGCAUUUGGUGAUUUGGGCCCUCCUGGACCUCCAGGAUUGCCUGGCUACCAUGGUACUCCUGGUCAGAAGGGAGAAAAAGGUGAAGAGGGUCCUCCAGGGCCACCAGGCCAGUUCCCUUAUGACCUCAGCAGACUCAGCUCCACCUUCAGGGGAGAAAGGGGGGACCAAGGUGAUCCUGGGAUGAAAGGUGAAAAGGGUGAACCAGGUGGUGGAGAAUUGCUUGGAUCAAGUGUUGCUGGACCUCCUGGUCCCCAAGGGUAUCCUGGUCUUCCGGGCCCCAAAGGUGAGAGCAUCAGGGGCCCACCUGGCCCUCCAGGCCCCCAAGGACCUCCAGGUGCAGGUUUUGAAGGACGUCCAGGGCUUCAAGGCCCUCCUGGCCCUCCUGGCCCUCCAGGACCCCCUUCUUUUCCAGGUCCCCACAGACAACAUAUCAGUAUUCCAGGACCACCAGGACCUCCAGGACCUCCAGGACCUCCGGGUAUUAGUGACCCAUCUUUCUCUUUGGGGGUACGGAUCUUAGCAACCUACCAGAACAUGAUGAGCAGAGCUCAUGAGGUGCCUGAAGGGCAGCUCCUUUUCAUCCAGGAGAGAGAGGAGCUCUACAUCCGUGUCCACAAUGGCUUCAGAAGAAUCCUUCUUGAGGAAAGAAUAUCCAUUCCUGGCUCUGGACUGGACAAUGAAGUCUAUGACAGGUCUUCCAGCAUCCAUUACUCCCACGGAGGGACAGCCUCCUCUGGAUCCCAGCGUCCAUUGCAGCCACACUUACCAGUGCACACCCAUCGAGAAUAUAGUGCUUAUUCUACUGCCAAGCCUUGGAGAGGGGAUGAGAGUGUUGUCAACACACACCGUCUUCCUGAGCAACCUGCCAUCCACCAACUUCAUCCGGGGGCACAGUCCCAGCAAGGAUCCUUGGACCAUUUCUUUCCCAAUAACCGCCAGACCGAGACUGCUCCUUUGGCAGUUCAUACACAUCAUGCCUUCCAGCCUGCUCUGCAUCUUAUAGCCCUGAACACUCCCCAGAGCGGCAGCAUGCGUGGCAUCCGAGGAGCUGAUUUCCAGUGUUUCCAGCAAGCCCGGCAGGUUGGACUGCCUGGCACUUUCCGAGCAUUCCUCUCCUCCCGGCUACAAGACCUCUACAGCAUAGUGCGCAGAGCAGAUAGGAGCACGGUGCCAAUUGUCAAUCUCAGGGAUGAAGUGUUGUUUAAUAACUGGGAGAACCUCUUCUCAGGCUCUGAAGCUCCAUUCAGAACUGGGGUUCGUAUCCUCUCCUUUGAUGGAAAGGAUGUCCUAAGAGACUCUGCAUGGCCUCAGAAGUACGUGUGGCAUGGCUCUGAUUCCAAGGGACGGCGACUAACAGAGAGCUACUGUGAGACAUGGCGGACAGACGACACAGUGGUGACUGGCCAGGCUUCCUCGCUGGCAUCUGGCAAGCUGCUUGAACAGAAGAGCAACAGCUGCAGAAAUGCCUUUGUUGUCCUGUGCAUCGAAAACAGCUUCAUGACAUCUUCCAAGAAAUAGAACCCCUGAAUGUGCUGAUUGCAAGUGGAGGCUGGGAGUCCAAAUGUUCCCCUGCUGCAAUGGGGCACAGGCAAGUGAUUCCUCCACCUCCACCCUCAAUCAGGGUAAUGUGUCCUGCAAGUUUCAUAAUAUAGCGACCAAGCAGAUAAAUGAACAAAAAAGCCAAAGAGCAUCUUCCUAUGAUUUCCGGCACAGAUCUGAUGCUGUUUUUCGUUUUUGUUUCCUCUGAGCACAGCUGCUGGAGGGGCUCAGGCAGAACAGGAUUGUAUACAAGGCAUCUCCAGGAAGUGCAGCGCCUGAAAUUGUUCUCUCUCUCUCUCUCUUUCAAUCCCUUCUCAUAUGUAAAGUUUGAUGGCUUUUUUUCUUGUUACCUUAAAGCAGUGUUUGUCAACCUUGGCAACUUUAAGACGUGUAGACUUCAACUCCCAGAAUUCCCCAGCCAAUUCUGGGAGUGGAAGUCCAUACUUCUUAAAGUUGCCAAGGUUGAGAAACACUGUCUUAAAGCUUCCCUGAUCACCUCCCUUUCCCAACAGUCCAUAGAUUCCUUUAACAAAGAAAACCAAGGUCAAAUGGGAUAUCUAUUUAUUUUCAUUGACUUAGUACAAGAUGGCUUCCCCAAACAGGGACAUGCUGGCUUAACUGCUUUUGCUUUUUUUCAUUUCAGACACAGAAGGAAGUAAUACUGCUCCCUUCAAAGGCUAGUUCCCAUUCCUGUUGCAGAGUUUGUAACAUCCUCUGCAGAAACAGGGCCAGAAAAGAGAGAGAACACUAGUCAUUAUUAGGCACCAUUCUUCCCAUGUCCCUUAAAUGCCCAUUUCUUGUUCUUAAAGGAGACAGAAGUGUUAAAAGGAACAAUCUCAAAGGUGAUUUACAUGUGGAAUUUUCCUUAGGGGCCUGGAGGGAAGCACAAAUGGAGCCAAGUUGCCACAAAAGGAAUCCAUACUUGUUCUUUUAUUGAAGAUUGUUUUUGUUUUGUUUCGUUUAAAAGAUUUUUCUUCUCUGCUUUGCAGGGAAGUUGCCAUUCUUUACGUCUGCCUGGCAUUUGCCACAGAAACUGGGUUACAGCAAAACCUGGGGACCUCCAGAGCUCACUUUACUUAUCAGAGCCCUGCCACCUCUCCCCUUGCCCUGCUGAGAGCAGCCACCGCUUGGAGGGAGAGCUUGCUCCAUGCAGACCAUCCCAAGUUCAAACCUCAGUUACAAAAUACCAGGGAGCACAUAACAUGAACAGUCCCUGGCUUUAGAAAGCAGCUGCCAGGUAACAGUAGAGUGACAAGAAAGCCAAAGGCAGCCACACGGAGCUGCCUUCAACACAUCAGAUCAGGUUCAUUCAAAUCCUGACAAAACCCCUGUGCUAACGAACAUUGGGUUAAAUGCUGUUAGCCACUUUUUACAAACCAAAGUUGAGAGAGACCCACCCACCCAUCCAGUCAAUAAUUGUAUCUUCCCCUGCUCCUGAUAUUGGGGCAGGAACCAUGCCUAUGCAUUCCAAAGCAUUAAAGCACAAGGAUAUUUCAAGGGGUGGAGGCCACUGGAGUACCCACUGGUGUUGUGUCUCAAUGCUUUGCUCCCCUAUAAAAGCACUGCUUGGAUUCCUGACUCCGGAGCCUUUUUAAAAGCCAUCCUAAGGGCGAGUCACAGCAAAGCAGCUUGGGACCCUUCCUCUGCAUGUAGGCUUAACUGCUAUGGAGUGUCUGACCUACAUCACCUGUCUUGCAUCUUGGUGCCCGAAACCUUGGCCCGGUUGAUGCUUGCUCCAUACCCAUUCGAGCUGGUUUUUAAAAACCAAGGUGCUAAAUUCCUACCUAGCUUUGUUUUUACUGUCCUAAUAAAAUGUUAUUACUGCGGUGGGGAAAAUUUGUGCAAGUCAUACAGUCAGUUUUCUUACUGUCUACUGUAUUUUGUGAAAUUUUAAUGCAGUUUUAAAAGCCUGUGGAUCUCUAUAUCUUUGUCAGUUGCGUGUUGUGUAUUAUAAACUGUUUUCUAAAGGCACUGAAUAAAGGAAAGUAUCCUCCUCUAA